AAGUAAGAGGAAGUGUGAGGCUCCACGGGAUGUGUUGACAGACUAGAAUUCCGCCUUUUGGUUUAUCUUGUCCUCUCGCACAUUUGCGCUGUUGUAGCUUUCGCUGUGUUUACAGCACCGCGCUAUAAUCUCCAAUACCUCCUGCUACCAGUAGUGUAAUUGUGUUUUUGUUCUUUUGUUUUUUUGUUUUUCUUCCGUUGCCUCUCUCUGAGCCGUUGGUUAUCUAAGAUGAAGGCUGUUACUCCAGUCCGCCCCCAGGACUCCUCCUCCAGCAGCAACCAGCUCUCCCUGCACUAUCUGUCGAAGCAGAGCCUCAACAUCGCCCGGUGCAGGAUGGAAGAGGAGGACCUGUUCUGCCUGCAGUACGACAUGAACGACUGCUACAGCCGGCUGAAGCGCCUGGUGCCCACCAUUCCGCAGGAUAAGAAAGUCAGCAAAGUGGAGAUCCUCCAGCAUGUCAUAGACUACAUCCUGGACCUGCAGCUGGCCCUGGAGACGCACCCUUCUCUCCAUAAACAACAGCCACAGCGGACCGGGACCUGCCCUCCUCCAGCCUCCAACCACAGCAGGACACCGCUGACGGUGCUCAACAGUGACCACCACCAGAGGACGUCAAUAGUCAAUAAGCCGGAGGACUCGAUUUUAUGCCGCUGAAACACGAGCACUGCAUUGGUGUGCAGGCAGCACAGAGCCGCUCCAAAGCCAGCAAAGCUUCGCCAGAGACUCACACCCAACUGGAGGCAAUCACAAGGGGAUUUCAAAACCGCUGGGAGGAAUUAAACCCAAAUAAAAUCACUAUUCAUAUCAGCUUUUUUUUUGGUCCCAUUGAACAAGGACUCAGUGUGUAGACAUCUCCCUCUCCUGCUUAAGUUUCUCUCACUUGACCUCCUGUCACAUUUUUUUUUGUUUCUAAAAGAGUGAAAAUCUGGAGUCCCCACUGAGAAGAUUUUUUUUUUUAUUUUUUUGGUUGGAAACUCGUCUGUCAACAGCUAUGAAAACUGUUUGUGAAUUGUGCUUAAAGAAUAACUAAAAAUGACUCCAGUUUAAAGCUUUACUAAACUGCGAAAAAUCAUUGUACAUGUUUUGGACAUCUAUUGUUUAAAAUAGAUGAUUUGUGUUGAACAGGGAUGUCGUCCCUGGUAUCUUGAAAUGUUUCAUAUUGUAAAGAAGAACAAUUCUGAUUGGAGACAAUUAAGAUUGUAAAUAUAGAGACGCAAAUGUUCUAUAAAAGUAUGUGAAAGGAAGACUUAUAUGCUUAAAAUAGACUAUUGUAAUUAUAAGAUAUUUUUAUUAAAACAUUUUUUUUGUUGUUAUGUAAAUAUUGUGUUUCCUCUUAAGUGAAUGAACGUGUUUAUGCUCUGCCAAUAAUGUCCUCACAUGAUAUCAGUUAACUCUUUGCAGUGUUUUUUGGAAUAGUUUAAUAUGUAGCAUGUCAGGCUCAUUGCAGAGAUAUUGAAUGUGCACUGAAGCGGCCCUCCCUGUGUAGAUACGUGGUGGAGUUCAACACAACUUCUUUUCAUUAUUUGCCCUGCUCAGCUUUCUCUUGAAUUGUUUUGUACUCAUUAACUAUGACAACUUUUGACCGGCUCGGAGAGAUGGGUCGGUCUGCUGUUUGAUCUGUAAAAAAGAAGAAGAAGAAAAGGAAGAAGGUGGCUUGAUUUGAUUCUUGCACUCUUGUUAAAAAUCUAAGUAGUUAAAGCACUUCUGACAGUGUUUACUAUGUAAUGCCUAAAAAAAAGGAAAAUCACUGCAACACAAUGUCUCUGUUCUAUUUGUGCAGUCAGAGCUUCUCCUUGAGAAGUUAAUGAUUGACGCCAUGAAAUCAUUAAACUUUGGUUCUGAAUUGGUGAAAUUUGUGAACAUUAACAGGCUCUUUUUCGACAGGCGAUGUCUUUAAGUGGAUAUGAAACGAUCUCCCUGUUGGAGAGUCGGCAGUCAUUAUUAAUGUAAAGAGAAAAAAAGCCUUUAUUUUUCAUGACAUUGAACACCGAAUUUACCUCACCACCCUCCUGCCAGUGUGAGAGGGCACUUGUACAUUACUGUCAGCUGCACUGUUGGACUUGACCUUCACUGGCUUGUGAGGAGUUGUCAAAACAAUUAAAGUUUCCAGGAAGAA